GCACGUGGAGAGCAAACUGCGGCACCGAAUUAGCACGCAUCUGUGUUGACAUUUCGGCACAGCAUUCCCAUUCACCCGUUCGGAUACAUGUAUGUACACUUUCAGAUUAUUUUGCACCAGAGCAAAUGUUACCAGAGGUAUUUUCGACAAGUUUUCCAAGAAACUCGUAAGGAAUAAAAGUCAAGCCGCCCCAAAAGAGUGUUGAGCAUGCACUUGGUACAACAGCUCCACAUUUAAAUUGGGACCCCUCUCCCGCGAAUUUAAAAGUUGAGCCAUUGUAAGUAUGGUGGAUAAAGGUCCUCUAUUGACAUCUGCGAUAAUUUUUUAUCUGUCCAUCGGGGCAGCAAUAUUCCAAGUUCUCGAGGAACCGAAUUGGAAACUUUCUGCAAAACAGUACAAUGAACAAAGGGAUAAAAUACUAGAAGACUACCCCUGUCUCACCAAAGACGACUUGGACAAGAUCUUGGAGGUGGUGUCGGAUGCUGCCGGACAAGGUGUCACCAUCACUGGCAGCAAGACUUUCAACAACUGGAACUGGCCCAAUGCUGUCAUCUUCGCUGCUACUGUCAUCACAACUAUAGGUUAUGGCAACAUUGCCCCCAAAACGUCAGCAGGACGGGUGUUCUGCAUCUUCUAUGGGCUCUUCGGGGUGCCACUCUGUCUUACCUGGAUCAGUGAGCUUGGGAAGUUCUUUGGAGGCAGGGCCAAGCACCUGGGUCAGUACCUUACCAAGAGAGGGGUUUCGCUGCGAAAGGCCCAGUUUACCUGCACAGCCAUCUUUGUCCUAUGGGGUGUGCUGGUCCAUCUGGUCAUCCCCCCAUUUAUAUUUAUGUCUCAAGAGGGUUGGACCUAUGUGGAGGGCUUGUACUUUUCCUUUGUCACCUUAACCACGAUUGGCUUUGGUGACCUUGUAGCAGGCGUGGAUCCAAAUGCAGACUACCCCACUCUGUACCGUUACUUUGUGGAGGUGUGGAUUUACCUGGGACUGGCCUGGCUCUCCCUGUUUUUCAACUGGAAGGUGCGCAUGGUCGUGGAGGCCCAUAAGGCUCUGAAGAAACGACGCAAGCGGCGCAAGCUCUCCCUGGACGAGCUGAGGCACUACAAGGAGAGCCACAAGGCCCUCCACUCGCCGCCCACCGGCAAUGACGUCAACAUCUUCAGCUUCCUAUCCAAGAAGCAAGAGGGCUACAACGACCUCAUCAAGCAGAUUGGCGCCAAGAAAGAUGGCGAGGACCACUGCGACGGUAAUGCCGCCAGCAACAAGGCCAAGGAGGCGAAUCGCUCCAAGAGCUGCAGCGACACAGUUUCCUGCAACAGCAACACUAUCCUCAGCCUGGACCGCUCACCGCGGCAGAAGCGGCGCUACAGCUUCAGUGACCGUGUCACAGUGGCCUUCUCGAAGUCCAAGAACUACCUCCUGGGCUCGGAGAACGGGAUGCUGCUCACAGAGGACCAUGGGGAGGGGGAAUUGGACGGGGACCAGGAAAGGAUGUACGAGAAUCAACUGGACAAAGAGGUGGACCAGGAGAGCGGAGGAGGUGGCCUGGGCGGUGGUGGAGGUUGCGGUAUGGGCGGCCGACGACUGUGGGACUCCAAAGAGUACCAGUCCCUGAUCUUCCAGAAUGCGAACAUCACUUUUAUUGAUGAGGAGAACGUCCUCAACAACAACCUGGAGGAUGAUGACGACGACGCUAAAGCCAAGCUGUCAAUCACCACGUGCGAUGAAAAUGUAGAGUCGGAGACUGACUCCAAAGAGGAGCAGGGCUCUGAAUCAGAAGGGUCCGUGUUCACCAGCGAUGGAUCAGAACACGGACACUCUUAUGAGAAGCUUGUGGAGGAAUAUUCGAAGGAGGACAACACUGAGUCCUGAGGAACUGAACUGGACUUGUAAUGAUCCAUCCUUUGAAUAUAUAUAUAUUUUUUAACAAUUUCAGGCAUAGCCACAUUCUCGUUAAACUUGGAUCUAAUGAAGGAGAAAUCUUUUAAUAUUCCAUUUAAAUCAAAGACUGUGAAAUGAACAUUUACAGGUUUUUUCAAUCACUUUGGUGCAUUUCUUCAGAUGUAAGUGGUAUAUUUUCAAAACUCUAAGCACAAAACUUGAAACUGAUAACACUUUUAAUGCCUAUGUCUUAUGUUCAAAACCUUUCAUUGGAGUUGAACACAUCUUUCAUCUCCUAGUCCUGGAGUCUUUCAUGGAAUUUUUUCUCAAAUACCAUGAGAACAUUUUGUUUAGUCACCAAUCCAUCAGAUAAUAACAGGCUCACCGUUUCGUCAUUUUAACUAACAUUUAAUCCAAUAGCAAAAAAUACAUUAUACCAUUUUCAAAACUGAUAUUUUUGAAGUGCUGAAUCGAAGGAAUAAUAGAUGGUGUUUAACUAAAAACCAAUUUUUUUAAACAAUUUGUUUGGAGGUUUUGAGCAUGAAAAAAUGUCAGUCUUACAGUUUCAGUGUCCUUAUAUAGUACAUGCGAAGAACAAAUCAUAAAAAAUGGGAGUAUUGAGGCAAGUAUUGUAAAGCAGUAGGCUACAAUAAACAAGUAUUGGUGUUACAGGUUGUAUGCAUGCCAUUUCUGCCCCAUGCAACAUUGUCCAAGAUCACCUUUUUUAUGUGACUUUUCAACUGAUAAAUUAUCGCCUGUCUCUCUGCUUAAAAAAUGUAUCAGUUUGUCAAUGAAAUUCAGAUUAUGGGUGGAAUUGUGUAAUAGUGUAUACAACCCAGGUAUUUCAGCAGUACAUGGUACACUACACCAUAAUUCCAAAUGGUAGCACAUAGUGACUGCCUUCCACUUUUUCUUAUUGAAGAACACUGGCUGAUGGAGGAUGUCAAUGUAGUAACUAAGCACUAUACAAUUUUGUUUCAGUAGUUUUCAGUUUUGAGCAUGUUAAAUGACAGGAAAAUCAUAUAAAAAGUAAUGAAAAGCAGAUACUUGUAGUGGACAAGUGACUGUGAAUUUGUUUGUAAAUGCACUUAGUUUUGAAACAUGAGCCAUUUUGAUGAUCUGUUUCGAUUAUUGUGCUAAGAAUUGUGAAAGUGUACUACACAUACUUUUGAAAAUUGCACCAAAGUGAUAGAAAAAAACUUCCCUCAAUCGAUCAAAUAAUGUGCCAAAUUUACGUGGACUUGCAUAAAGAGGUGUAUGACCUCUGGUUGGUUGAGUGUCUGUACUAUGAACAUUGAGUUUAUGAACUUAACUCCUUGUUGGUUAUAGACUAAAUGGAGUGACACCUAUGGACUUAUAGAUAAAGUUGUCCUACUGUUUUCAGAAGAUAUGGUUGUUUAACAUUUGUUUGAAACAGGCUUGAGUUUUUCAAUCAAUUUGAGAUGAUGCCUUAGUGUUUUGCUCAAAAGUUAAUAGGAAAUGGUAGGGGGGAAUACAUUUUCUCAGGAUUGCUCCUGGCUUCCUUGAUUUUAUAUUCACCAUAUUGGUGUUUUUUUGUAAUAUUUAUACAAUGAAGGAAAAAGCAGCCCUUUUGUUAAAGGGGCAAUCCACAGUUGCUACAUUAAUUUUGGGGCUUAUACAUUAAUAAUAUACACUGAGUGUACAAAACAUUAGGAACACCUUAAUAUUGAGUUAGCACCCACUUUUACCCUUUAGAACAGCUUCUAUUCGUCGGGGCAUGGACUACAAGGUGUUGAAAGCAUUCCACAGGGAUGCUGGCCCAUGUUGACGCCAAU